AUGAAGACGAGUUCCUACCUCAAGUUGUUGCCGUUCUCAGCUCUUGGAUCUUAUGCCGCACCACUUGCCUCGAAAAAUCCUACAGCAGUGCUUUUCGAGCGUCAGAUAGGAUUGCCCGAUGCUUUGACUUGUCCUGCUUCUGCAUGGCCUCCGACCACAGUCGGAUUUGAUAACACUUUACAGGACCCAGAUGGCCUCCUCACCGAUUUGCUUUCUCGAAUAUCGGUAGCGAACAUCGAGUCACACAUUGUCAAGCUUGUCUCGUUCGUAACUCGAGCUACUCUGUCAGUUGACAUUUCCAACAGCACAUUCGGUAUAGCAGGAGCCAGAGAUUGGCUCUAUGAUGAGUUCAACAGUUAUGCAUUAGCCAAUCCCGAGUCUGGCCUCGAGGUGUCUCUGAAUUCCUAUAUACAAGGACCAGAUGGAAGCCGAAUCUUAUUCCCAGUCAACAUCUCCAACGUUGUCGCCUUCUUGCCAGGCACAACCUACAGAUCUGCCGCUGAACCUGGUCGCGUCUAUGUAAUUUCUGGUCACUACGACUCUCGAAAUUCGGAUCCGUUGAACUAUGCUGACCCAUCGCCUGGCGCCGACGACGAUGCUUCCGGUGUAGCUCUAUCCUUGGAGCUCGCGCGCAUAUUCUCCAGUCCUGACGUACCAAAACUCCGUGCUUCACUUGUAUUCGUGGCCGUUGCAGGCGAAGAACAGAAUCUUUACGGCUCCAACAACCUAGCGUUCACCUACCGAAAUUCCACCCAACCCAUCAACGUGGAAGGCAUGCUAGAUAACGACAUCAUCGGCUCCCCCAAAGCCCGCAACUCCUACGACACUGGCAACGCACCCUCCUCAUCCGACCCCAAUACCAUCCGCCUCUUCGCCCAAGGCCUCCCCUCUCUAACCGUCGAAAACGCUACAAUACGAGCCCGCAGAAUCACCGUUGGCGGCGAAGACGACAGCCCAACACGAAACCUCGCGCGUUUCCUCAAAGAGGUCUCCGAAAACGCCGCAACAAAUAUGUCCAUCGCAAUCAUCAACCGCCAAGACCGCUACCUCCGCGGCGGCGAUCACAGCUCCUUCCUCGCCGCUGGCUAUUCCGCAGUCCGCUUCACAGAACCCUACGAAGACUACAGACAUCAACACCAGGACGUCCGCGUCGCCAUCGACCCAGAUUUUCCGGACGCAGGUCCUGUGCAGUACGGCGAUCUCCCUGAAUUCGUCGACUAUGAGUACACAGCUCGUGUGGGCAAAGUAAACCUCGCAGGGAUGUAUAGCCUCGCACAGUCGCCUGGUGUCCCGCAAAAUGUGUAUAUUAACACGACGCUGAGUAAUGAUAGCCAGUUCUUCUGGGAUCCGCCUGUUGAUGGUGAGGAGCGUGUGGGUGGGUAUGAGAUUGUUUGGAGGGCGACGACGGCACCACAAUGGCAGAAGGUGAUUGAUGUUGGGAUGGGGGAGGUGGUUGUUGGAGGGAAUGGGAGGAGAGCUGCUACGAUUGGGCUAGGGAAGGAUAAUGUUGUUUUUGGGGUUAGGGCGAGAAGUGUUGAUGGGUUUAGGGGGGUUGCUGUGUUUCCGUUUCCGCUUCCUACGUAG